AACAAAUUAAGAGUGGAACGAGUAAUGUUAUCAGAUCAGAUAAAGUAAGUCACAACCGUCCUCCGUGGCUCGCCGUCGCCGUUGAGAUGACCACCGUUGAGUUAAAUCCAUUCCCAUCUCGCUCCGUCUUCCUCGGUGUAGACGUCGGAACCGGAAGCGCCCGAGCCGGUUUGUUUGAUGAAAGUGGAAAGCUUCUAGGCUCUUCUAGUAGUCCUAUACAGAUUUGGAAAGACGGAGACUGUGUUGAGCAAUCUUCAACGGAUAUAUGGCACGCGGUUUGUGCAGCUGUGAAGUCUGCUUGCUCUCUUACUAAUGUUUCUGAUGUUGAAGUCAAAGGAAUAGGCUUUGCUGCCACCUGCUCUCUCGUGGCGGUUGAUGCUGAGGGGUCUCCUGUUACUGUCUCUUGGAGUGGUGAUUCGAGAAGGAACAUUAUUGUUUGGAUGGACCAUAGAGCUGUGAAGCAGGCGGAGAGAAUCAACUCGUUUAAUUCUCCAGUGUUGCAGUACUGUGGCGGAGGUGUUUCUCCAGAAAUGGAGCCACCAAAAUUGCUAUGGGUGAAAGAGAAUCUCCAGGAGUCUUGGUCAAUGGUGUAUAAGUGGAUGGACUUGAGUGAUUGGCUCUCCUACAGAGCUACUGGAGAUGAUACACGUAGCUUGUGCACCACGGUAUGUAAAUGGACGUAUCUUGGUCAUGCACAUAUGCAGCAGCAGAUGACUGAGAAGGCUUCUCGUGAUAUGGAAGCGUGUGGGUGGGAUGAUGAGUUCUGGGAAGAGAUUGGCUUAGGCGAUCUUGUAGAUGGGCACCAUGCUAAGAUCGGGAGAAGUGUGGCUUUUCCGGGGCAUCCACUUGGUAACGGUCUAACUGCAACAGCUGCUAAGGAACUGGGUCUAUUGGCUGGAACACCUGUGGGGACAUCACUCAUUGAUGCUCAUGCAGGUGGUGUUGGUGUCAUGGAAAGUAAAUCAGAUUCAGACUCCUUGAAGAAAGAUUCGGAUGUGGAUACCUUAUGCACUCGAAUGGUUUUAGUAUGUGGCACAUCAACGUGCCAUAUGGCUGUUUCACGUGAAAAGCUGUUUAUUCCCGGCGUGUGGGGGCCUUUCUGGUCAGCUAUGGUUCCGGAGUAUUGGCUUACGGAAGGAGGACAGAGUGCCACUGGGGCUUUACUUGAUCACAUAAUCGAAAACCAUGUUGCUUCUCCCCGUCUUGCAAAUCAAGCUGCUUCCCAGAAAGUUUCUGUGUUUGAACUUCUGAACAACAUCUUAAAGUCGAUGGCGCAAGAAGAUACAAGUUCUCCAUUUGUAGCUGCACUUACCUCAGAGAUGCAUAUCCUUCCAGACUUUCAUGGAAACAGGUCUCCCGUUGCAGACCCAAAUUCAAAAGGAGUGGUAUUUGGAAUGACUCUUGACACAUCAGAAAAGCAGCUAGCUCUUCUAUACUUAGCCACAGUACAGGGGAUUGCUUACGGCACACGUCACAUUGUAGAGCAUUGCAAUGCUCAUGGUCACAAAAUUGACACACUGCUUGCUUGUGGAGGCCUUUCAAAGAACCCACUGUUCAUCCAAGAACAUGCUGAUAUCGUUGGUUGUCCGAUUAUUCUACCACGAGAAAGCGAGUCUGUUCUUCUAGGAGCAGCCAUUCUUGGAGCUGUUGCUGCCAAGAGGUAUCCUAGUCUCCAUGAUGCUAUGAAAGCUUUGAACGCAGCUGGACAAGUGGUUCAUUCAUCAUCAGACCCUAAGGUUAAGAAGUAUCACGAUGCAAAAUACCGCAUCUUCCGUGACCUCUAUGAACAGCAAUUGUCUCACCGUUCCAUCAUCACACAAGCUCUUUCCUAGUGUCCUGUCCUAAUCAAACAUAGUCUGUAUACAUUUCAUCUUUCUUUGCUAUUUUAUACAAUUUAUAAAAUUUGGUAUUUCUACAAUUCAUCUACUCUUUUCUCUA